AUGUACUAUCUCGAGGAGCCAACUCCGCAUUGGCCUUCUGCUGCUUUGCACACCGUAAAGCACAUCAGCGACAACAUGCCUCCGGGGGAUAUCCUCCUUUUUGUUCCCACUGUCAAAUACGUGGAGCAGUUGUGCGUUCUGCUGAAUGAGGAACUCGGUGACAAGCUGCAGGCUUUACCUCUGUAUGCUGAAAUCGCCGAAGAUCAACAACAGAAGGCCAUGUCCAGGAACACCGGCCCCCUUCGCAAGUGUGUUGUCUCGACCAACGUUGCCGAAACCAGUUUGAACAUCAAAGGCAUUAUUUAUGUCGUCGAUACCGGUAUUGAGACGGCGUCCGGGUACAAUCCUAGGGGAAACAUGGAAACCCUAACAUCCUCAGACAUCUCAAAAGACUCUGCCAGACAGCGAGCUGGCCGAGCACGCACCUGCUUCCGCUUGUAUACUAAGAAGACACACGAUGAGGAUUUUGUCCCCAUCACACCGGCGGAAAUUCAGUCUUCCUCAAUCACGCAAGAGGUCCUUCAAGUGAUGGCAAUGGACUCCAACGCCACCAAAUUCAACUUCGUUAUUCCUCCCGAUACUGAGGUCUUCUUCCGCGCUCUUACAGACCUGACAUCGCUGUGGAUAAGAGAAUACAUUGUAAAGAGCACUGGGGCAAUUACCCCCAAAGGUCGCAAUGCUGCUCGUCUCCUCGCUCACCCUAUGUGGUGGAACGUCAUCAUUGAAGGGGAGAAGCUUGGUUGCGGCUCUGAUGUAACGACACUUGCAGCGAUUGCGAGUUUCUCUUGCCCGAUAUCCGAUCAUGCUGCACAACUCAAUGCCCUUCAUGCGUAUGCUCGCACACAAUUCCAGGGUGUAAUCGAUAUGGAUCAGUGGUGUUUUGAUGCUUUCAUCAACCGCAAAGUGAUGGAAGAGAUCAUCGACGUUCGCAAGCAGCUCGUUUACAUGGUUGAGUCUCUCCUUGGCAAAAAGCUUUCCAUCGGAUUGUUCGACGAUCAAUACGAAACAAACAUCGGCAAGGCUCUGGCGCGGGGUUUGCCUCACAAGAUUGCUAUCCACAAGUCCGAUGACAUGUAUGUGACUAUUAACGACAACGUUCCAGUCAUGCUCUCUGCUGAUAGCGGCAUGGUGGGAAUGAAACACAAAUGGGUUGUGUUCAACGACAUCAUCUAUGUUGGCUCAUGUUAUCUGGGUACCGCUACAGCUGUCAAGUCAGAAUGGUUCGCCGAUCUUCCUUUCUUCCAGGAUGAUAGACUCGCGAUCAGGGGCGAUGGCACUCCCCGUCAACCUCAGGUAAAGGAAGCUUUACAGUCAAUUAAUUCGCCUUCUUCUCUGUUCCCUUCUUCUAUGGCCUCCUCAACCCCUGAUAGCUCAGCACCUCUUUCCACCUCCGAUGCCGCCAGAGCUUUCCUCGCGUCCAGGAAACUCUCUGCAUUCCCGCAGUCAUGGCGCUUUAACAUUGAGGACCCCAACACUGCACCCGCUGCAUACACGUCUUACCGGAACGACCUAUUCGACGCGUACACUGAAGCUGGCGUCCUUAGCCGGGGUUUUGUCAAAGACCUUGAUGGCAAGCAAGUUCUGCGGUCUACUUCCCUCCCAUCUCCCGCCCCCAAAAACAAUGCACUCGUCAGGCCUUGGAGCUGGGUUCAGAAAGACGAUAGCUCAGCCAGGGUUUUCCAAAAGGUUGCCCUGGAGUCGAUUCCCCUGUAUGAAGCCGUCGGUUAG